AGCACUUUGGGGGAAUAGUUGAAUGCCAGAUAAAGGACAUCCAAGGCUUGGGAUUAGCCUUAACCCUAAACAAAUCAUAAACCUUACUCGGAACAAGGUUUCCUCCCAUACAAAGAGUUUGCAUAGCCACUUCCAAAGAGGGAAUAUGAUCACCAAGCUUUUGGAUCAAAAGCCCGCGCACAUAGGCUAACCUUUUAAAGAAGACAGUAUGCCUCUUCUUGGGUUGCCACUGCCAAAUAUCUUCCUGUUUAAGAUAAACACAAUGGACCCACUUGACCCAAAGAGAAUCUUUCUUUGCUGCCAGAUUCCAAAAAAGCUUGCAUAACAUAGCAUUAUUCCAGUUCCCAGCAUCUCUAAGGCCUAGCCCCCCCUCUGUUUUGGGCCAUUGGUUUUUGAAAAAUGCAGCAGUAUACCCAUCAGAACCAGAGUCUUCUUCUUACCCAAUUCACACAACCUCUGUCCUUAUCAAGUGAAGAUGUCUGUAUUGCUGAAAGCACAGAUUCUGUGUCAGUGGAAUCCACACCUAAUGUUGUUAUUUCUCAUUACCAUCCAACAACUAUUCGCAUGGAUUGCAUAUACAAGUCAAAGAUGGACCUUCAGCAUCAUUUGCAAAUGUUUUCCAUUGUUAAUAACUUCCAGUUCAGAACUGUAACUUCAACGAAGACAUCCUAUCAUGUCGUGUGUGUUGAUGCUAAUUGUAAAUGGGCCCUUCGUGCUGUACGUGUAUGUGGUGCAAGUUUAUUCCAAAUUAGAAGGUUUGACUCAGAACAUUCCUGUCCUGUUGACUUUCGUGAAGGCAAUCAUAGACAGGCAACAUCUACCCUUCUAGCAGGCUUGGUUGCACAUCGUUAUGCAGAUGCUUCGAAAAAGCCAUACCAACCUAUUGACCUUAUGGAUGACAUGAGGAGGGAAUAUGGGAUUACUAUGUCUUGUAAGAAGGCUUUGGUAGUUAAAAGAAAAGCAAUGAGCAAACUCUAUGGUUCAGAUGAUCAAUCGUACCGCUUGUUGCCUGCGAUGUGCUAUAAGCUUGAGAAAAAUAACCCGGGGUCUGUUAUAUCUCUCACAACAUGCGAAGAUGGCAAAUUUAAGAAUAUGUUCUUCUCGCAUUGUGCGUGGAGGCAAGCAUGGAUUCAUUGCUUUCCAAUCCUUAUUAUAUAUGGGACUUUUAUGAAGGCUUACUUUCGUGGAACACUGCUGACUGCAUGCACACAAGAUGCUAAUCGACAGAUUGUCCCUUUAGCAUUUGGCAUAUGUGACGUUGAGAACAUUGAGUCUUGGUUGUGGUUCUUAAGCAAUGUGAAACAUUCACUAAUUGAACGCAGUGACAUGUGCAUCAUCUCAGACCGUCAUGAUGGUAUCUUGUUUGCAGUAGAUAAGGUGUUUCCUUUCAUUCCUCAUUGCUAUUGUACUGAACAUAUACUGCGCAAUCUCAAAGGGAAAUUUAAGGGCAAAUCAGAAUCAAUUGAGUGGAAGUUCAGAGCUGCUUCUCGGGCUGCUACUGUUGAAGAGUGUGAGGAGUAUCUUUCAAUGUUGGAUGAGGAUGAUCCACGUAUACGGGUAUACCUUGAUAAGAUUGGAGUUACAAAGUGGUCUAGAUCGAUUGGUAAACGCCCUGGGUUAUCCUGCUACGAAUUUAUUUCCACCUUUUACAAAUUGGAAGCAUUGGUGUGCACAUAUGCUGGAAUUGUUCAUCCUAUUGGUGAUGUGUCUGGAUGGGUGAUUCCUCAAGAGAUUCUAUCAAGGAAAUGUGACCCUCUAUCUUGCAACAAGCGCCAUCCUGGAAGACCUAAGAAGAAAAGGUAUCCUUCUGUAGGGGAGUUCCGUUAUGGCAAACGUAGAGUGAAGCAAAGAUGUUCGAGGUGCAAGUCUCAUGGCCACAACAUGAAAUCAUGCACCAAUCCAAUUCCAAUGGCAGAUGCAGCUCUUACUUAAGAGUUGUUAAGUAUCAUUUACUUUAUCUCUUUCCAACUAUUUGUAUUUUAAUUUGAGAUGUUCUUAUUACGAAUAUGGAUGAUUUAAUUUUUUAUGUUCUUUUUGUUAAACAAUAUGGUCCUUGAACUCCACGCUUUAUAUUUAAUAGCCAAAUACUUGUCAUAUUUUUACACAAUUUCAAGAGUUACACUUUAUACGUCCAUACAUGACUCCAUAAAAUGGAAUUUAUUUCCCUGUAAUAAAUUUAAACAAUAGAU